GGGAACGUGAACGAGGCGCAGCUUUAUGAUCUGUUCAGUCAGAUUGCUCCGGUUGUCUCGAUUAGGGUUUGCAGGGAUCUUACGAAGCGAUCCUCUCUCGGUUAUGCUUAUGUCAACUAUUCCAGCUAUGAACAUGCUGCAAAUGCCAUGGAGCUUCUGAACUUUACUCAUUUGAAUGGGAAACCCAUUCGAAUUAUGUUUUCCCAACGUGAUCCUAGCAUUCGGAAAAGUGGAUUUGCCAAUGUGUUCAUCAAGAACCUUGAUACGUCAAUCGACAACAAGGCAUUACAUGACACAUUUGCUACUUUUGGAACUGUGCUUUCUUGCAAGGUUGCCAUUGAUAGCAAUGGAAAUUCAAAAGGCUAUGGUUUUGUACAAUUUGAAAAGGAAGAAGCCGCUCAAAAUGCCAUCAAACAGUUGAAUGGCAUGCUGAUAAAUGAUAAACAGGUUUUUGUGGGACUCUUUGUUCGACGCCAGGAAAGGGCUCAAACAAAUGGAUCACCAAAGUUCACUAAUGUGUAUGUGAAAAAUUUGUCUGAAACACAAACUGAUGACAACUUGAAGCAACUGUUUAGCCCAUAUGGUACAAUAACAAGUGCAACAGUUAUGAAAGAUAUGAAUGGGAAGUCUAGAUGUUUUGGUUUUGUUAAUUUCCAGAGUCCGGAUUCAGCGGCUGCUGCAGUUGAGAAGUUAAAUGGAACUACGAUCAAUGAUGACAAGGUUUUAUACGUGGGGAGAGCUCAGAGGAAAGCUGAAAGAGAGGCAGAGUUGAAAGCCAAAUUUGAGCAGGAAAGAUUAAGCAGAUAUGAGAAGUUACAAGGUGCAAACUUGUACUUAAAAAAUCUUGAUGACAGCAUCAACGAUGAGAGGUUGAAGGAUCUAUUUUCUGAAUUUGGAACAAUAACAUCUUGCAAGGUGAUGCUUGAUCCACAUGGGCAUAGCAGGGGGUCUGGUUUUGUUGCAUUUUCUACUCCUGAGGAAGCAAGUAAAGCUUUGAAUGAGAUGAAUGGGAAGUUGGUUGGGCGGAAGCCUCUGUAUGUUGCUGUAGCCCAGCGCAAAGAUGAGAGGAAAGCUCGUCUACAGGCACAGUUUGCUCAAAUGCAGUCACCUGGUGGAAUAUCACCUUUGCCCUCAGGAAUUCCUGGGUAUCAUCCAGGAGCACCAAGGCUUGCCCCUCAACAGCUGUAUUUUGGUCAAGGAACACCUGGCUUCAUGCCACCACAACCUGCUGGCUUUGGUUUCCAGCAGCAAAUCUUGCCUGGAAUGCGGCCUGGCGUUGCUCCAAAUUUUGUUAUGCCAUACCACCUUCAGAGACAGGGUCAGCCUGGGCAGAGAAUGGGCAUUCGACGAGGGGGAAACCUCCAACAAGUGCAGCAGAACCAGAUGCUGCAUCGCAACUCCAACCAAGGGUUUAGAUAUAUGGGAAAUGGCAGAAAUGGUAUGGAUCCAUCCGUUCCUCAAGGUCUAGUUGGUCCAAUGAUGCCCAUGUCCUUUGAUGGAUCUGUAUCUCCUAUUGAUAACCAGCGCCCUGGAACAUUGUCUACCACCCUUGCCUCUGCUCUGGCUUCUGCAACCCCAGAAAAUCAGCGAGUGAUGCUGGGUGAACAUCUGUAUCCUCUUGUGGAGCGUCUUACUCCAACUCAACACACGGCAAAGGUGACGGGCAUGUUGCUGGAAAUGGACCAGUCAGAGGUAAUCCAUCUCAUUGAGUCCCCUGAGGACCUAAAGAUUAAGGUCUCCGAGGCAAUGCAGGUCCUUCGCGAAGCUGCCACGGGUUCUGAUGUUGGUGAUCAGCUGGGCUCAUUGUCAUUGAAUUAAUGAAUGAAGUCAUCGUGGAUACAUUGCUCCAUAUCAUAUUUGAGCCACUCUUCUCUGGGGCUCAACGAGGCAACAUUAUUUUUGGGAUCCUCUACUAUUUUAAUUUUAUUUUUCUCCGGGAAUGAUCGUGAGUCAAUUCUGAGGGAUUCAAGGAUUUAUUUUUGUUAGUCUUUGGUAGCACUGUAGCAGUUUUACUUUAGCGUUUUCAGACUAUCUUCAUGAUUUUGUUUUAGUUAGGAUUGAGUUGCAGUAGAGGAUCUAACUUAUUGGCUUUUUGACAAUAAUUAUUUCUUGAGACCUUAUAUUAUUUUGGACUCGGAUUUUGAUAUAGUCCGUUCUUGGUCUCUUUAAUGUUGCGUCUUAUUAAAUUCUUUUGUUUGUGCAUCUAAUUUUGGUUCGGGGCUGUGAGCACUAGUCGCGCACAGCAUUCCUGAAUAUGUUCUACUAUUUAAUUCAAUAUACUACUAUAAAUGAUAGUUCAUGUGGAAGUACAUUACUAAUUUACUAUUAUGUCAAGUAUAAUUAUUUCUUGAAAUAAAAGAAAAGUCGGAGCAUUUGGUUGAUUAA